AUGUCCAGGAGUGGGAUUGCUGCAUCAUAUAGCAACUCUCUUUUUAGUUUUUUGAGGAACCUCCAUACCGUUUUUCAGAGCGGCUGCACCAAUUUACAUUCCCACCAACAGUGUAGGAGGAUUCCCUUUUCUCCACGCUCUCUGCAACAUUUAUUAUUUGUAGGCUUUUUGAUGAUGGUCAUUUUGGCCCAUGUGAGGUGGCACCUCAUUCUAGUUUUGAGUUGCAUUUCUCCAGUAAUUGACAAUAAUGAGCAUCUUCUCAUGUGCCUAUUGGCUAUCUGUAUAUCUUCUUUGGAGAAAUGUCUGCUUAGGCCUUCUAUCCAUUUCUCAAUUGCGUUGUUUGGUAUUUUUGUCGUUGAGUUGUAUGAGUGA